ACAAAAGGAGGGAACAUUUUAUCGACAUUUCGCAGGCCGGCGUGUUGUUUUUGAAGAAGAAACUGAAUGCUAAUCCAUCAUAUACAGGAAUGAUUUUUGAAGCAGCAAUGUUACCGUCAAACCGUUACAUUGAAGCAAAGAUAGCAAUAUAAGUUUCGCGGCUAUUUUACUCGAUGUUCGCAUUUGACUUUAAUUGAUGUAAUCAUUGUCGCAGCUAAUGCUUCCCAGGCGAAGAGUGCCUGCUAACCUAACUUAGCUAAGCAAAUUGACUUUUAUUAGUGUUUAAAUUAAUUAAGUUAUUCGCCUGGAAUUCGGUCAGAUGGGGGAUUCGUUCGAUCGUCAAGAUGUUGGUGAGAUCUUGGUUGAAAAUAACCAAUCGGGCCAAAGUUUUCUGGGCCAAGGAGAAUGUGGAUCAGGUGUUUAGUGUCAUGUUCAAACGGCUGGAUCAUCUCAGAGAAGUCCUGAGGACCAACGAGGCAACCGACAAAGAACGUGUCCAGGCUUUGAAGUCGUUCGACUGUCUGGGGUUGACAGCUCGGUCUCCUAUGAUCGACACUCCGGUGGUUCAGGUGGCUGUUAGUGCAGGUUAUAAGCCAGACGACCACAGCCCCACACCCACACCUUCAUCAGCCAUUGAUGAUCAGCUGCUGCCCAUUCAGCUGCCAUGUAAGCUGCACGUGUGCUGCAAGACGUGCUUGCCUUCUUUACAAGGCACGCAUAACUCCACCCUGCUGUAUUGGGCUCAGAACCCUCUCAAGGUCCCGCUGCUGUGUGGUUUCAAGCGGAUGGUUGCCAGGCCACUGAUGUUAUCCAGUGGGGCUGGGGCCAGUGAUGCUCAGCAGAAAGAUGGCCAAGAUGCCGAGGAAGAUGAAAGCCAUUGGGCUGUCAUUUACAAAGCUCCCUGUGGGCACAGCCUUCGUAACUAUGAGGAUGUGAUGCGCUUCCUGUUGGCCACAGAAAGCUACGAUGUACUCCAGCUGGACUAUUUUUCCUUCAACAACGUGGUGCAAUUUGACCCUCAUUCAUUGCGAGUCAGCCAGCCCCCUGAGAUAGACCUGAGUCGUGGAUCCGAACCAACCCCAGUGGAGCUGUGUGUGGGGCCCGGUGAUUCCCGGCCAUCUGAAUUCCGCUACAGGAAGGAGCGCUGGCCGCAUGGCUGCUUCCUGACCCGGGGUCCCAUUUUUGACGCUUGUUGUGAGUGUACAGAUGGAUGCUUGGACGCACAACGCUGCGCCUGCAUCGCCAUGACUGGGGCAGGCAACCAUUACAACUAUCAGAGACUCUCCCACCCUGUGACGUCCGGGUUGUUUGAGUGCGGGCCGUGGUGCAGCUGCGAUCGGGCUCUUUGUCAGAAUCGUCUCGUCCAGAGAGGAAUCAGAGUCCGUCUUCAAGUUUUUUGGACUGAGCGUUGUGGCUGGGGUGUGCGCAGCCUUGAUGACUUGGAUGCGGGGACCUUUGUGUGUAUAUAUGCAGGUGUGAUACUGCAGAAGGUCCAGCGACCCGUUGAGCCUCCGCCGCCGAAAUUGACUAGAGUGGACCUGCCAUCGGAUGACGAGGUGGAGGUGGUCACAGAGUGGCUGGCACCCUCCGUACUGGAGGGGAGCAACUUGUUGGAAAACCCUGACCCCCCAACUUCUCCACCACUGCAUGUUCCAGUCAUCCAGAGACCCACCGAUGUCAACGCAAAUCCAAACAAAGACAAGGUGAAGAAAGUUUUGGCGUCACCAAACAAUGCUGAUGUCAAAGGCAAUGAAAAGAACUUGAAGAUGGUCGUCAACUCGGAGAUUUAUUUGCUGGACGCCAGAAAGGAGGGAAACGUGAGCCGCUUCCUCAAUCACAGUUGCCAGCCAAACCUGUUCAUUCAGAACGUCUUCACUGACUCACAUGAUCCCGCUUUCCCCAUCAUCGCCUUCUUCACCAACAGGAAGUGCCCUGCAUGUGUGGCACUAAUGGCUGUCUGGGCCAGUUCCUGGAGGAGAACCUUUGUGAAACAUGUGAGCUUGGAUUAUGUGACACUAUGGCGGAGACGUGAGCACGUCACCUGGAAGCCAUUUCCAUUUUUUACCAACUCAUUUCUUAAUAAAAACUUAAAAGUCAAGCAUCCAGGUGAGAUCAUGCAUCCUGUAUUAAUAGAAAUGCUGAUUAUUAACCUUUUCUCUAGUUAAUAAUUUUGGGACCAUUGAAGUGAAAUUAGAUAAUUUUCCGCAGCACGCCUGAUGACCUCUCAUAGCACACUAAUGUGGUUAGUUUUUGGCGUGGGGAUUCCAAUCUCGAACUCCUUACAUGGUCUACCGCUCAUCUUCUGUACUUCAACGAGAUAGAAGCCAUUUCAAUUCCUGUGACUUGGUUUGGCAGUAAAUUUCAUUGGAAGGAAGUUCAAAAAUAAAUAGACCAAAUCAGGAUAAUAGGGGAGCAAUACCUAUCGGUAACCGACUGGUAACUUGUCUGGCAUGUAACAAUAUAAAAUAUACUAAAAACCAGGGAUAUUCUGGUUAGUCACAUUGCAGUGCUAUUAUUUUGAACAGCACUGCAUGUCAGAAUAUAGUGAUAACAAAAUGAAAUGCAAGAAUAAUAAAAAUCCCAUUAUAAAAUUUGAUACAUAUGGGAUAUCUGCCAAUCCAAGUGUAGUAUUUAAAGUGAGAAGAAAUGAAUUACUGUAGACUGGAAGACCAAAAGCACUCCUUUAUUGAUUUACAUGUCAGCUUACCAAGCAGUGCAGCGUGGCAGCCUGAGAUUAAGAAAAAUAACUGAUACAAAGUCCAUCUGAGAGCACAUACAGACAAAGUCUGAAUAGAAAAAUAAACAAACAAAAAAAAUCCUCCAGACUGCUGACCGUCUAUGAAUCCAAAGCAGAUACUUGCGCCUGUAUUCA